GUAGUCUAUCAGAUGUUUUGUGUGCAGCUGUAGUGUGAAAUAGGACCAGCUUGUUUUCCAAUAUGCAGUGCCUGUUUUGGACAGUUGUUUCUUUGGUUGCUGUAGCAUUGUACUGCCCAGUGGAAGGACAAGUCUGUAAUGCUGAUGGAUUUUACUGUGUAAAUGAUACUGCAAGUGUUACCUGCAUAGAUGGCACACCUCCAGCAACUCCUGUUGUCAAUGUAUGCCCAACAGGAACUUACUGCAGUGCUGACUGUUCCCUAGAGUGUCUGGAAACAGUUCCAUGUGUAACAACAACCAUUUCCCCUACAACAGAACAACCCUUUGUGUGCACUUCAACUGGAAGGUUCCCUGAUCCAACAAAUUGCUCUAAUUAUUAUAUGUGCUCCCCUAUAUCUACUGGUGGAUUUUACCAAUACCUGUAUAACUGCCCUGGUGGCUCUCUUUUUGACUCGGUGAGAAGACUUUGUACACUUUCCACAAAUGUUACAUGUGGUACAUCAAGCACCACUGUAUCACCUACAGUAACUGCUCCAACUGGAACUCUAACAACUACUGUUGCCCCUUUUACCUGCACAAGUGUAGGCCGAUUUAUAAACCCACUUGAUUGCUUUCAAUAUUAUAUGUGUUCCCUCAGUGCAAAUGGUACUUUCUACCAAUAUUUAUAUGACUGCCCACAGGGAGCAGCCUUUAACUCAGCAACCAGUCAAUGCACAGCUUCCACCACUUGUGUGUAGAAAAGCACUUAUUGUUACAUUAAAAAUUGUAUAAUUACUAAGGUCAUGUAAGGUAAUAUACUUAGUAGAUCAAAAUUUAAGUAUGAAGUGUAUUUUUAAUGUAUUAGUUCAUUUUUAU